UAAAUGCAAGCACCAUGGAAACCCUUGUUCUUCUUUCGUUCCUAUCUAUCUUAAUUUUCUUCAUUGUUAUCCACAAACAGAGAAAAAACAGAGCAAAACUUCCACCAGGUCCUCCACAUCUUCCUCUAAUCGGUAACCUACACCAGUUCGAUAAUUCAACCGCACAUAGCUUUCUAUGGCAACUCUCGAAACUCUAUGGCCCAAUCAUAGCCUUGCGCCUUGGAUCCAAACCCACCGUCGUGGUUUCCUCAGCGAAAUUGGCCCGAGAAGUGUUGAAAACCCACGACCUCAAGUUUGCAAGCAGGCCACCAUUGGUGGCCCUAAGAAAGUUAUCUUACAAUGGACUGGACUUGGGCUUUGCACCGUACGGCCCAUACUUCAGAGAAAUGAAGAAACUCUGUGUCCAACACCUCUUCAGUUCUCACCGUGUCCAGUCAUUUCGCUCCAUUAGGGAACACGAGGUUGCCCAGAUGAUUCGGAAAAUUUCCCAACACGAAGCCUCGGGCACCGUUGUGAACCUGACCGAAACUUUGAUGUCUUUCACGAAUUCGUUGAUCUGUAGGAUUGCGUUCGGGAAAAAGUAUGGUUAUGAGUACGAGGAAGUUGAGGUAGGUAGCAAGAGGAGCAAAUUGCAAGGACUACUGAACGAGGCUCAAGCGUUGCUCACUGAGUUUUAUUUUUCGGAUUAUAUUCCAUUGUUGGGGUGGGUUGAUAGAUUCAGAGGAAUUUUAUGGCGGCUUGAUAAAAUCUUCAAGGAGUUAGACGCGUUCUAUGAUCGAGUCAUUGGGGACCACAUGGGUUCUGGUAGGGUGAAUAGUAAAAACAGUGAGCAUGAUGUGGAAGACAUAGUUGAUAUUCUUCUCCAGCUUCUCAAUGAUCGUUCUUUCUCGCUUCAUCUCACUCUCGAUCAUAUAAAAGCCGUGCUUAUGAACAUCUUUAUAGCUGGGACAGACCCGAGUUCGGCGACAAUAGUUUGGGCUAUGACUGCACUGUUGAGGAAUCCGAAAGCAAUGAAAAAGGUUAAAGAAGAAGUGAGAAAUGUUUUGGGAGACAAAGAUUUUAUAAACGAAGACGACAUCGAAAGGCUUUCAUAUCUUAAAGCAGUGGUGAAGGAGACAUUGAGACUGUUCCCGCCAUCACCAUUGCUUUUGCCAAGAGAAACAAUGGAAAGGUGCAAAAUAGGAGGGUACGAAAUAGAACCCAAAACUCUUGUGUAUGUUAAUGCGUGGGGCAUAGCAAGGGACCCUGAGAACUGGGAAAAUCCGCAAGAGUUUUGCCCUGAAAGGUUCCUUGGGAGUUGUGUGGAGUUGAAGGGUAAUGAGUUUGAGUUAAUUCCGUUUGGUUAUGGACGGAGAAUGUGUCCUGGGAAGCACAUGGCUCUUGUCAACGUUGAACUUUCAGUGGCUAAUCUUAUCCACACGUUUGAUUGGGAAUUGCCUCAAGGGAUUCUGAUGGAUGAGAUGUUAGACACGGAAGUGAAACCAGGAAUCACCAUGCACAAGAAACGAGACCUUUUCCUUGUGCCCAAGAAAUCAACCAUCUAGCACGUGUUCUAUUGUUUUGGUAAAUGUUGUUGAAUAUGGAAAAUCAAGCAAGUAGCAUUUGCAUGGAAUUUGGCAGCGGGAAUUAAGAGAUUGAUCGUGAGCAGCAGUUAGUUACUUUCGCGGGCACUAUCGUUUGUCGUAUAUUUAGUGAUACUGGAGCUCGGGAGAGUGAGGGUACCAUUAUAGCUGGAGAAGCUAGUUUAACUAUGCCAUUACCUGUUCAAGAAUUAUGAGAAAUCUUAUGUCUCACCCAUGUUACAACUUAUAAGUUCCUUAGAUGCUUGAAUGGCUUAAAAAGUAGUUGUUGGGAAUUUUUAUGUAAUUUCUAUCAGCUCUUAACUUGGUUUAGUAUUUCUUUUUUAAGCAUCUGUACUUAUUAUGUAAGUUUUGUGUUUAGAAGAAAAUACGGUUAGUUAUAUGAUUAAGUUUAUGUCAACUUCAGGAAAUCAGAACUACCCUUGUACAUUAUGAAAAGCAUAUUUAUAUAAAUGUAAUAAAAUAUUGUAUGUAAUUGUCUGU